AUGUUUGGUUCAGGAGAUUAUUUCGGCUUCAGAGGCCAAAAGCUGAACGUCGCCAUUACAGUGAUUUCUGGACUGGAUUUCGCUCUUUUUGGUUACGACCAGGGUGUCAUGGGAGGAUUGUUAACUCUUCCAUCUUUCGUCUCAACAUUUCCAGAAAUCGAUACUCUUCGCGAUACGUCCAAUUACACAUCCACCAUUCAAGGCAUAUCAGUAUCGAGCUACAAUCUUGGUUGUUUCCUUGGAGCUAUUGUCACCAUCUUCAUUGGAGAUGUUCUCGGCCGACGUCGCAUGAUAUUCCUUGGCUCUGCAAUCAUGAUCGUUGGAGCUGUCCUUCAGACAUGUGCUUUUAGUCUCGGCCAACUGAUUGCUGGACGUGUUAUUACUGGUGUGGGAAAUGGCAUGAAUACAAGUACAGUUCCUACAUGGGCUUCUGAAACAUCCGAGUCUCAUGCGAGAGGAAGAAUGGUCAUGUUCCAAGGUGCCAUGAUUACAGGUGGUAUUGCCUUGUCAUAUUGGCUUGAUUUCGGAUUAUCUUUUGUGGAGCAAAAUUCAGUAUCUUGGAGGUUCCCAAUUGCUUUUCAAAUUUUGCCGGCGGUUCUAAUACUUAUGUUUAUUCUUCAGCUUCCAGAAUCCCCUCGUUGGCUUGUUUUGAGGAAUCAAGAAGCUGAGGCUAAAAAAGUCCUCUCAGCACUUGCAGAUCUUCCUGAAGAUAAUGAAGGUGUUUGCAAAACUUUCAGUAUGAUCAAAGAUCAAGUGGCCGAAGCAGCCAAUUCCGGCUACCGUGAUCUAUUUACCAUGGGCCCAGAGCGUAACUUCCAUCGUGUUGUGCUCGCAUAUACUAUUCAAGUAUUUCAACAAAUCUCUGGUAUUAAUCUCAUAACCUACUAUGCGGCUACGAUUUUCGAAAAGUAUAUCGGUCUCGAUGGCCGAACUUCCCGUAUUCUAGCAGCAGCAAACGGAUCGGCAUACUUCAUUGCUUCCUUCAUUGCUCCCUUCACAAUUGAAAAACUAGGUCGUCGUAAAUCCAUGUUAUGGGGCUCAGUGGGCAUGGUAGCAAGUAUGGUCAUUCUCGCGAUCAUGAAUUACCUUUCCGAAAACAGCGUUGGCGGUUCAAAGCCUGGUGUUGUCUCGGCCGUGUUCCUCUUCGUCUUCAACACUUUCUUUGCAGGUGGAUGGCUCGCAGUCCCUUGGUUAUACCCAGCUGAAAUUGUUCCUCUCAAAAUCCGUGCACCGGCAAAUGGCCUCUCUACAUCGGCCAACUGGAUUUUCAAUUUCAUGGUUGUGAUGAUCACCCCUGUUGCAUUCAAUUCGAUUGGUUACAAAACCUACAUUAUUUUUGCAGUCAUCAACUUUUUCAUGAUGCCAGUUAUCUUACUAUUUUAUCCAGAGACUGCAUAUAGAAACUUGGAGGAAAUUGAUUCGAUAUUUCUCGAAUCAAAGACUUGGCUCGGUACUGUUAAAGCUGCGAACCGUCUGCAGCUACAGUUUGGAAAGCGUGGAGAUCUGUCAGUUGGUCGGGAGAAGGCGUUUUCGCUCUCACAAGUUAAUGGAGCGGGAGGAGCGGGAGGAACGAAGGAAAUUGGAAGUGGCAAUGGAUCAGUGGUGCAUGAAGAGAAUGUUGCUUCGAGGAGUACGAGUGGAGAAAAUAUGGCAUGA